GGUUAAAGGAAAUCUACGUAGGCGCUCCUUCAGUAACCUUUGACUGGUUAGAUGUAACGCCACUCCAAAGAGUCAUGCGCAAAUCGCAUGUGGCGCAAAGGGAGAGAGGAGGAGUAAACAGCAGCGAGUCACGUAGCUAGUUAGCCUUCAAAAAGAGAAUGGAAAUGAGUAGCAGUGAGUGCUUUGGUUGUGGCCGUUCUGGACACUGGGUUAAAAACUGCCCCAAUGCAGGAGGCCGUGGUCGUGGCAGGGGCCGAGGAAGAGGAAAAGAUCUUUUCUGCUACCGGUGUGGAGAGCAAGGCCACAUUGCCAAGGACUGUGAACAGACUGAGGAUGCUUGUUACAACUGCCACAGGAGUGGUCAUAUUUCCAGGGACUGCAAGGAGCCGAGGAAGGAGAGGGAGCAGUGCUGCUACAAUUGUGGCAAGGCUGGCCAUGUGGCCCGGGACUGCGACCAUGCCAAUGAGCAGAAGUGCUACUCUUGUGGAGGCUUCGGUCACAUCCAGAAGCUCUGUGACAAAGUGAAGUGUUACAGGUGUGGUGAGAUUGGUCAUGUUGCCGUUCAGUGCAGCAAGGCCAGUGAGGUGAACUGCUACAACUGUGGCAAGACCGGCCACCUGGCGAAAGAGUGCCCUAUUGAAGCCACCGCAUAAACGGUUACCUCUGAUGCCCCUCCUUUUUUUCUGAUUGAUGGUUGGUUGUAUUAUUUUUCUCUGAAUCCUCUUCAUUGGCCAAAGGUUGGCAAACAGAGGCUAGUCCCAAGCCAGUGAGCUUCUCGACAUGUACAAAAGAAGCAAGGGGUGAAAAAAAAAAUCUUUCUGCAUUCAAUACAAAAAAAUGUUUGUUUAGUUUGGUAGAGGUGUUCUGUAUAAUGCUUUGUUAAAGAUCCCCCUUCAACGUCACUGGUAAACAGAGAUCAGUGUCAUGGGACAAAAAGUGCUACGUUGGUCGUCUGAGCACAAAGACGAUGAGUGCCUCAGCAAGAUGAACUGGAAGUUAAGGAAGCCAGUACUUCCAAGUUUUUUUUUUUUUUCAGUGGGGAAAUGAGUUGGCUUAUGAGUUUUUCCAAUACAUCUUAAUCUGGGCCCACCAAGCAGUAUGCAUGGAAGCGGGCAUGAAACAUAACAAUAAUAAUGAAAACACUUUUGGAAUAUUAAGAUCCUAAGUUCUUUUAUAAAGGUCAUCUUGUUUGCAAGUUAAGUAGACCUUUUGGUUGUGAAGCACUCAAGGUUGAACUUUUUAAAAAGCCAAUUUUUGAAAUGUCUGCCUUGGGUGAGAACCUCAAGAAUCACAGAAUGACUCGUGAAAUUAGCAGUUAUUUGCAAAAGGAGAAUGUUUUCACAGAAAUCAAAAAUAUUAUUUUUGUACAAUAUCACUAAGACUACUGUAAAAAUAUCAUUUGCUUGUACUCAGUUUUUAAGUCGGAAGGAAAAUGCAGUUGAAGUCCUAGAACAUAGAAAUGUAAUUUUAAACUAUCAAUAAACCUGGAGGAGGUUGGAGGGUAAACACA